AUGGAAUUUCUGAACCGGAAAACGUUGGAUCUGUUGUUGGACUCGCUUCUGCGUCGAAGUUUGACCUUCACACCGAACCCCUCAGAAGACUUUGACGAACAAAAACAGAAAUUUAUCGAAGCGGAGACCGCGGUCCAUCGGUGGGUACGCAACGAACUGUUACCUGCGGUGAUUUGCCAGUGCCCUCAAGCUCUUGUAAGUGGUUUUUGUUUGUAA